UUUGCCCUCUAGCACCAAUAGAUCUGAAAAUCUGAGCAGAGUUAAAAAAUCGGCUAAUUUUCCAGAUGACUUUGCAGUUACAAUGAAAACAAGCUGUAUAACAAAGGAUUGGUAUACCUGGCCAGCGUGUUAUAUACCUUAUAUAUUCCUAAUAGUUAUGACUUUACAUCUAGUUCUUCUUUUCUAUAUACUCUUCAAACUUAGACAAAGGGUUCGGGUUAAAUUGCUGCAAGAUCUGAAUGAGAAUCCUAAAUAUGAAAAAAUACAACAAGAAGUUGAACAGCAUAUGGAUCAUCAUAUGUCAAGAUUGAAUUCUUUGAGUGGAAUGAUUGAGUAUGAAAAACUAAGAUCAGAAUACGACCCUGACUGGCCUUGCGAGCAAAAAGAAACUAUUCCAGAAGAGAAGAUAGCUGACAUCUAUGAAAGUAUUCUGAAAACAGUAAAUCCAAAAACUGAACUAGAUAAAGAAUACCAAUUCAGAGCUAUGAGAUCUAAGCUUAAAGCUUCUCUUAUACUUCAUCCUUAUGAUUUAAGAGGAAGCCGAAGAUGCAAAAUUGCAGAAACAAUUCUGAACUCUGUAAAGAACAACAUGAUAAACAAAACAGAUUUAGAGAAGCGGAAGAGGGGAUGUAUCCCGGCUGUUAGCAGAAAAAUGAGACAUCCGUUUUGGCUGUACACAAAAGUUCUUCUAUAUGUGUUUAUUGUGAGCAUUGGAUUGUGGUUUUAUGACGUAUAUACAGAUGCCUGGGUGUUGAAGAUCUGGUUGGAGCUGAUGUGUCAACUAGAUGUUAACGCUCGGUUCUGUCCUCGUUUUAUCAGGAGAUGGUUAUUCAACGACACAAACUAUGCUAUGGGUCAAUUACAAAAUAGCCCUACAGAAUCCUACCAACAUGAAAGCCAUGAGAAUAUGACUAUAGACGAGAAGAAAGCAGAUUAUCUUGUUUCCAUCCUUGGACUACAUAAUAUCAACUACAUAACCUUCUUCACAGUUUCUCUAAUUAUUUCAAUUAUUAGGUAAAAGCAUA